AUGUUGGUGUUGCUAAUCAACUCCAAAUAUUAUGCCCCCGCAGUAAUGGCUCGGAAGGAGAAAGAAAAUCUUGUUGCCAAAUUCGAUUACUACGCGACAGAGAGCCACGAACUCACCAUACUUCAGGGUGAACGAUUAACUCUAUUGGACGAUUCGCUUCAAUGGUGGCAAGUGUUGAACAGUCAAGGAGAGGUUGGCUAUGUGCCAAGCAACUAUGUUCGCCCCGUGAAGCAAACGUUGUUGAAUAAUUUGCGAAACACGUUGACAAGACGCAAAACGUCCAAUGACAAACUUCCUAAACACUACACCCCACUGAUGCCUCGUAGAUACACGGAGAAAGAUUGUGUACGACAAACAUCGAUGCCAGCUAUGUCAUUGUGUGAGACAGUUGAAACUCCAGGCCAAAACCACAUCGAGAACAAUCUGCGCGGGGAGCUGACUCCUACCAAACCGAAGGGCUCAAUCACUCCAGUGUCUGCUACUCAAACAAAACAACUUGACGAUCCGGUUCCCGAGACCCCGGUCCCGAUCAGCGAACGCACAGAAGACUUUUACUGUCGUGUUUUUCAAACGUACGAGGCUCAGUUGGCCGAUGAAUUGUCCAUUCGUCCGGGCGACCUGUUGCGUGUGUACAAAAGAAGCCCGGACGGUUGGUGGUUUGGUACGUUGCUCGAUCGCGGACGUCCAACAGUGACCGGUUGGUUUCCGUCAAAUUUGGUGUAUCGCGAAAUGCCUUGCACAACCAACACAUUCAGACUUCGAGACGUUUCUUGUCCUGCCACCAUUCCGAAAUGUUUGAAUGAUCAAGUGUCGGGAAACACUGUGUCGAACAAAUGUCCGCCUACGUCUAUGGUCACACGAGAGACAGCACUUGCCCUCUAUCCCUACCGAAGGAAUCACCCUGAAGAAUUAUCUUUCCAGGCUAAUGAGAUUCUUGAAGUGAUAGACAGGCCGACGAAUCAGACCGAUUGGUGGCAAUGUCGGACUGGUCAAGGCGAGAUUGGUUGGGCCCCAAGAAAUUACUUGCUUUCCUUGUCCGGAACAGACAAAAAAGAUGGUUUGCGUGAAUCCAACGGACUUACUUCGAGAAGUCCAGGCAAAUUUGAUCAACCGGAACCAUGUCGUUCACCAACAUAUAAUGUGGACAGUGAACUCCUACGUUUGGCCUAUGCAAGGCGUUCAAAGCUGGCCAAAUUGUUUCUGGCUAAACCAUGGUUUUGGGGCACCCUGUCACGGGCCGAGUGUGAGCGCAUGUUGAAGCUGUUUUCCGUUCCGGGUGAAUUUGUCAUACGAGACAGCGAAUCAGACCCCGGAAAUUUGACAAUCACAAUGAAUACUGGCAAACGUAAUCGGAAUUUCAAAGUGAUAGUUCAUACGAAUCGUUAUCACAUCGGAUAUCGGGUGUUCAACAAUUUGGAAGACUUGAUUCGAUACUAUCAGGCGCACUUUAUUUUUACCGACGAUCAACAACGAUAUUUACUAACCCAAGCAUUUGUCUACCCGGGCACACCUGAGCUGGAAUUGGAUCGCUCGGAUUAUGCGCCCACAUUUCGUCCGUAUGAUGCUGCACAUGUCGGAUUCACAAGCCCGGGGAACUCGAUCGCACGCGGUCGAACACCUCCACCUCCACCACCACUGCCACUGCCACUGCCGCAUUACAGUGUUGCCGGUCCUAACCGUUAA